GCGAAACGCGAUGGGCCGCAGGCUGAGCCUGCUCCUGGCUGCGCUGGCCCUGCUGGCGGCCCCGGCACGGGCCGAGGAGGAGGUGAAGAUAGAGGUGCUGCACCUCCCCGAUGCCUGCAGCCCCAAGAGCAAGAAGGGGGACCUGCUGAACGCGCACUACGACGGCUUCCUGGCCAGCAACGGCUCCAAGUUCUACUGCAGUCGGACGCAAAAUGAUGGUCAUCCAAAAUGGUUCGUUCUGGGUGUUGGACAAGUCAUAAAGGGGUUGGAUAUUGCUAUGAUGAAUAUGUGUCCUGGAGAAAAACGGAAAGUGGUCAUCCCUCCAUCAUUAGCAUAUGGACAGCAAGGAUAUGCACAGGGCAAGAUUCCACCUAAUGCAACACUCAUCUUUGAGAUUGAACUUUAUGCAGUAAAUAAGGGACCUCGCAGUGUUGAAGCAUUUCAUCAAAUAGACAAGGACAGUGACAAGAAGCUCUCCGAACUCGAGAUAAGUCAAUAUUUGAAAGAAGAAUUUGCAAGAGAUGGCAAAAAACGUCAUCCCUCAGUCCAUGAUGAAAUUUUAGCUGAUAUAUUUAAGAAGAAUGACCAUGAUGGAGAUGGCUUCAUAUCAGCUAAGGAGUACAAUGUCUACCAGCAUGAUGAACUCUAAUUACCUGUCAAAUCUUUGGCUGUUUUAUGGACAAAAAAUUUAAAAAAAAAACCAAAGUAAUACUUUGUUACAGAAUAUUUUUGUUUGUUUGUUUUUUAUAGUGGCAUCUUUUUUAUUUCUAAGGUGACUGUAAAAUACUACUUUCAACUUUUAGCUAAUAAAAUGUUUUAGAUGUUACAAAAUAAAUAAAAUUGGAAAACACCAA